AUGAUCUUCUGUUUAUGGGUGACAGAUGAGCUACUUGCAAUGACAAUAACCAGGUAAGUGUAACCUGUUGGUAAAUACUCUAACCCCCUUCCCCUAAAAAAGCCAAUGAUGUCUUGUUAUCCCUGUCUGAAAACUCAACUAUGAGGGACAUCUUGUUUUACUGAGGCUUUAAUAUAUUCUCUCCACCUUAUUCUAUAUUUUGGUACCAAACUAACUUUAAGGAACAUUCCAAUGCAGCCCACUGUAGUAUAGUGCCUGCGGCACCCUCCCAAUGUAGUUUAAACAUUUUUAGAAUGGUUUGACAACUUGCAGACUAACUGCUAUGGAGCUUAGUGUUCUUUUAAAGGUGAACUAUUACCUUCUCUGAAAAUUAAACCAUUCAAUAAAAUAUCACUUAUAACAUGUCUCCCACCACCCCUGUGACAAGAAUUUUUAAUAGCUCCAAGAAAAGAUAUAUGCUAUCUUACAUAAGGCUAAGCUGGGGGCAAACAUUGUAAAUGGACAUUGUUUAAGUUCUCCUCCUGUGUUUUUGGAUUACCUUUUUUUUUUUUUUUUGCAGAUCCUUGAACUUCUCUGCACGAAGUGUGUGUGCCAUGGAGACACUGAGUUCCAAGAUAAUUUCAAAUAUAUCUUUAAAAUAUUACAAAAAUAAACUUUAUUUUUAGAACAAAAAGCCUACUCUUUAUUCACUAUAGUAUUGUCUCAGUCUCAAUGAAUUCAUAUCAAGAAGCUUUGGGUGGUAAAUAUAGCCUCCAGUGUGUAGUAAGUGGCACGAGUGCUGGUAUUUAAAUUGUGCACAGCUUGUCAAAUGCUCCUUCAGCAACUGUGCCAGGGGCAGUAUCUGUGCAGAGCAAGCUGCCAGCUUGACAUGAGAUACUGGAUCUAAAAGAGCACGUGGCAGUUUUGAAGGACAUUGAUCACCAGUAAAGGAGACUGCUGUUCAUUAAACCAGGCAGUGGGGGCUGAUAUAACUGCUAGCUUUAUAAGGCAGAAUGCCAUCUCUUGGUUUUUUUUUUAGAUGAUCUGUUUACCGGCACUUAAGAAAUCCAUAUCAAAUCAUGUUGGUCUUUGAGCUAUAUGAAACUUUCAAUAACUGUCAUAUUUCAGUGACUGUAGACUUUAAGUUAAUUUUAUGUUUAGAUAAAAAAAUUUAAAUCCUGAUUUAGAAUUGUCUGUAAACCUACUCUCUUUGCUGGGACAGACUACUCACAGCGGCCAAUCCUUCUCUAGCAAUAUGAAUUAUGACUUUUGAGGACACAUGGUGCAAUUGCAGCAGCUGCUUCAGUGCGUCUAAAAGCAAAGCAUUGACUCCAGUUCUUCAAGAAUGCAGCCAACACUUCAGUCACUAUGUUGCUAAAUGUGAAAGGUUUGGCAAAUUGCAAGGGUCACUAGUCACCAAAACAAUUUGAGAUUAAAAAUAAAAUGUUGGUGUCUAGAUGCAAUUUUUGCUCAAUUCCCUGCCACUUAGGUGUUUAUGCAGCCCUAGUCACAUCUCCCUGCAUGUCUUACACAGCCUUCCUAAACACUUGCUGUAAAGUCAUCCAAUGUUUACUCUUCCUCAGGCAUGUCUACACAAACUGCUUCAUUAAAGGGACACCAUAGUCACCAGAGCUGCUACAGCAUAAUGUAGUUCUGGUAAAUUGUAAUCAUUGCCUUCAGGCAUUUUCAAGCAAACAAGGCAGUGUUUACAUUGUCCCUAGGUACACCUCCAAGUGGCCACUCAGAUGGCUACUGGAAGUGCUGCCAUUCAGUGUCUCCACGCUCCACACCGGGAUGCUGAAUUUUCCUCAGAUGCAUCUCUGAGGAGGUGCUGAUUAGCCAAAACAGUGUCUUGCCCUGCCCAUGCUGAUUUCAGCCAAUCCCCAUAGGGAAAGCAUUGGAUUGGCUCAAAAUCUGCAACACUGAUGGCACCUUGGAAAUAAGGUUUUAAUUGCUUUUGUGGGGGGGGGGCAAGCCAACUUAAUGGUGGGGGUUUAGCACUAGGGUCAGGAAUACAUGGUUGUGUUCCAAACCCUAUAGUGUUUAAACUAAAGUUGUUUUGAUAACUAGUGACCCUGUAAGGGUAUAAGAAUUGUCCAAUUGAAAGCCUCUAGAGCAGUGGUCCCCAAACCUUUUCACUUGAGUACCCCUUGGCAGCCAAUUUCCAUAGAUUGUACCCUUCACAUUAGCAAAAUGUAAUUAAUAUAGUUGAAUUUAUUUUAAAUCUAUACUUUUUUUCCUCUGCCUCACUCUUCCUGCUUCUCUGCCCUGAUACAGACACUGACACAGAUAUGGGCACUAACACACUUAAGGAUACAGACACUGACGAGCGCACACAUACAUAUACACAUAUGCUCUCCCAUGCUGCUCCUGGCUGAAAUAUUCCAGGUACAGGACAAAGUUCCUAGUCGCCAUGGUGACCUGUUGAGUCCUAAGACACGUACACUGGCAUACAGAUACAUACACUGACACAUAGAUACACAAAUCCUACUUUUUGGCUGACUGGGUCUGGUGGGAGUUGGCAUCCUGCUGCUCUCCUGGUCCACUAUGCCUCACCAGCCCCCUCUUCCUUGCGGCAUGCAGGAAGUGGUUACAAGCUUUUACUUACUCCAAUUGAAUGAAUUGUACCCGUUGGGGUACGCAGGUUGAAACCGCUGCUCUAGAGGUGUAUUUGCCAAAAUCAAAACUUACUUUUUAUAUUGGAUUUUAAAUAUCCGAUAAGGGGGACAGCAUCUACAUACUAAAACCACUCCCUUAAAGGGAGACUGAUAAGCUCAAAGACCACUCCAUGCCAUGCCUCCCCAUCAUUUUAACAUGUAGCUGAAACAGCUGCUCUGUGGAAAUGGCAGUGUUGGAGACAAUACAGUGCUACGUGAUGUUUUGCGGCAUGUGCAUUAUCCCCAAGCUGUGUUUGUUUUUUGUUUGGAAAGCAUUGGAUUGGCUGAGAUAUCUAUUUAAAAAUUAUCUCAACCAAAGAGGUGGGACCAACUGUUAUGACUAAUGCUGCAAGGGAGAAAAAUCUAAUUUAAAUAAUCCCCAUGUACGUGGGGUUGCGAACCAAACAGCCACCAAGGCACUAUAGUGUUUGGAUUACAUGUUUAGUAGUCCUAAAGCUCAAUUGUUUGUGGGUUUUUUUUUUUUGGUAGACUGUCCUGUUCAGUUUUUUUGAGUUCUGGGGAAGAAAGCUUCAGUAAGUGGGUACAGAAUUAAAGUUUCCAAAGUUAGUCCACCAGUUGAACGCUUGUUUUUUUUGGCUUAUUUUUUCUUUUUCUUUCAGCUUGCUAUAGUUCUACAGAUGGCUCGAGGUCGUUCUUCCUAGUCUGAACAAAAGUCUUGUGUGCUGCUUACCUUUAUGUUUUGCUACAUACCAGCUAAAGCUUCGAGGGUGAUCAAAGCUAAACUAGCCCCAGGACAACUUCUGAAAUAAACAUUCCAUCUUAGAAUGGUCACAAACAAGGGCAUUGUUUUUAGGGCUGCAAAAGCCAAAGUGUGUUGACUCAUAAAUAAAGUGAAAUGAGCAUUGACAGCCAGGAUCUAUUCACCAAGACUAGCUCCAUUAAAGUUUUGCUCUGGACUAUCCCUUAAAUUUUAUUUCUGCCAGUUACAGUGAGGGUUGAUGUCGUUUUUUGACUGCUUUAUUAGUAGAUCUGCAUCCACAUGCAGGCUAGUAAGUGUGUUUAAUAAACUAUUACACCUAUUCUCUAGCCAAGCAUCUGGCAAGUUGUGAAUAGAUAAUAGUGGCUUUUAAAAUUUGUUGAUAAAUGGCAUACCACAAAGUGGGUUGUAAGAAGCUUAAAAAGCUGAAUUUAGUAUUGAUGGCAGCCAAGGAAAAUUUUUGGAAUGAAAACAAUGACGGUCAUGCACCAUGGGAGGUAAAGAAACUAUAUUUAAAUGACCACUAUAGGCAUCCAGACCACUUCAGCUCAAUGAAGUGGUCUGGGCGCCAAGUCCCCCUAGUUUUAAGCCUGCAGCUCUAAAUAUAGCAGUUUCAGAGAAACUGAUCUGUUUACACUAGGGUUAAUCCAGCCUCUAGUGGCUGUCUCACUGACAGCCGCUAGAGGCGCUUCCUCAAUCCAUUGAGGACACGCUGGACGUCCAUAGGAAAGCAUUGAGUAACGCUUUCCUAUGGGCGGUUUGAAUGCGCGCACGGGGCCCUGGAUUAAGGUAAAUGGCUGAAGGUUUUAAUCUUCAGCCCAGCGCAGGGGACACAGCUAAUAACCCUAUACUGCCAGGAAAACUAGUUUGUUUUCAUGGCACUAUAGUGCUCCUUUAAAGUUGACAAGCGUGAAAUUAUUUAAAUGGCUCCUAUAGCUGUACAAAGCUGUAAUCCUGAUAUCACUUUCCUCUCCUCUGCGUUAAAGGGCUAAAAAAAAAACCCCCAAAAAACUUUUAUUUACUUUAUCCCCUUUUCGAUGUCCCUCAUACAGAGUGUGAGGACGUCCAGCAUCAGAUACCGGACCGAAGGUCCGUUGCGAUCAAUGUGGGAGACAGCCACUGGAGGCAGAUUUAGUGCUGCAAUGUAAACAUUGCCAUUUCCCUGAAAUGGCAAUGUUUACAUUGCAGCACUAAGUGCAAAAAGGACACUGCACCUAGACCACUUCAAUUAGCUGAAGUGGUCUGGGUUCCUAUAGUGUUCCUUUAACACCUCGAAAGAGGCAGCAUUUUAUAGCCUUUUAUUUGUAGAUGUCAGUGGGAAGAAAGCUAUGAGUGGUUACAUUCGUGGAGUUCUUUACUUAACAUUCGAUGUUAUGUAAAUGAACCAAAUCCAGUGAAAAUAAGACUUUUUAUGUCAAUUCUCAUAUUUUACUAAAUAGUGCAAAAAAUUGGGAUCCAGCGUAUAUUUUCAAAACAUAUAAAUAAGACACUUUUGGUCGCACUCACAAAUUCCAUGUAAUAUAGCCUUGAAAUGCUUCUUCAGAGGUGGUAAGGGGUGUAGCUCCCUCCUGGCUAUUGAUGUGGGAACUUGUGCUCUGGAAACCUGGCUCAGGAACCGCAGUUGUUAAAUAUCCGAAGAUUUGUGCAAAGUUACAAAACUGCUUUACUUGCAUGUAUAAAGUUUAAAAAAUAACAUGCUGAAAUCAGUUCUACGCGUUUUCAUUCUCUAGCGAGAACUUCCUCAGGGACCAGCAAAUAAAAUCUACAAUAAGGUACAGUGCAAAUGCCAAAGACAUAGGUGCACUUAGUGAGAACCCCUUAAAUUACGGUGAAAUACACAUCACGCUUUCUAGGUUUUAUUUUGGUUUGGAAGUUAGGCUACUGAUCUUAAUGAGCUUUAUAAUAGAAUCCUAAAGGUCCCCCCCUCCGGUGUGGGUGGAGUGGUUAAAACCCCUUUAGUCACUUACCUGAAUCCAGCACUGAUGACCCUCGAUGCUGAGUCAGGCUCCACCUACGCUCACCCACUGCCGGCAGGGGAGAUCUAAUGUGCUUGCAUUAAUAUCUCCCCAUAGGAGGUAGUCGUGCAGAGUUUGAGGACGUCCAGCAUCAGAUAACGGACCAAAGGUCCGUUUGGAUUCCGGAAGUCCCUCUAGUGGCUGUCUGGUAGACAACCACUAGAGGAGGAGUUAAUCUUUAGAGGUAAUUAUUGCAGUUUCUCAAAUUAGCUGAAGUGGCCUGGGUGCCUACAGUGUCCCUUUAAGUCACAUGGCAUACAUGCACAAUUGUGGAUAUUCAGCCGAGUAACCCUUCCAUCCAAGGCCCACUUUCGAAUCUUCCUGUCUUCUAUGGAUGGGGGAUAUGGAUAUGUAUUAUUAACCAGACUUUGGUAACUCUUAGAACAGACCGUCACAAAAGAGCACGAAAAAAAGCAUUCUAUGCCAUUGUCCAUUGCCUCUGCCCCAGAAAUCCAUAGAACAUUAUAUUUGCAAAAUAAGUAUAUUUGUUGCACCCUGCACUUUUAGUUGUUCCUCAUUUAACAAAUUUUCCUUGGAGGUUGUUAUUGCAUGCUUCUUUAUGUUGGUGGUGAGCAAUGCAGAGAUUGUUGUAUUCCGUGGCAGUGAAAGGGUUACUGCGGUAUUCGUGUGAGGGUUACGUGGUCCGUGCGUCACUGUAAACAGAAAAUUUCCAGAUAACGUGAGACCAUAGCAAAUGCGGUUUUGAUUGGGCCGUGCAUUGUAAGUUUCUUUAGUCAUGGUCGGAUGAAGCUCAUAUUGUCAUCUGUUUGUACUCCAUUGUCACCUGAUAUCUCUUGUCUGUAGGUUUGUUUUUGUAUAUUUAUUACAGAGGAACGUCACUUUGCAUGACCUCUGAGCCUAAACUACUCAUAGGAUCCAGAAUGACAACCCGAUGUGUCCUGUGAAUGAUGGCACUUUUCCCAUCUCCAUGUGGCAUGCCCUCCCCUGCUCUGUUAGCUCACACCUGACUUGAGGCACUAAUUAGGUUAAGUGGCAGUAGGUCUCAGGUUCCUUUGUAUUGUGCCUUUUGCCAUCUGUCCUUUGGAACAAGAGGUUGGAGGGGUCAUUACCUCUAUGACCUUGUCUGGAACCUCAUGGAUUUGUUCAAACACAGACAGUACUUAAAUGGGCUACUCUAGUUCCACCUGCUAAUAAUUACAUCCUAGAAGAUGGAUGUGACCAGUGUUUGUGCCAUCAGAAGAUUACAUAAGUAUUAUAGUAGAAUGAGGACAUAAGUUAUUCUUCAAAAAGAAAAAGCACAAAGCUUUAAAACAAUUAAGUGUAGUGUAGCUUUGGUAGGCACUAGACACAGAUACGAAUAAACAGCAUCACAAUAAACUAUAGACCACUAUUGAAAGAAACUAGUUUUAGUUUAAAUAACGUAUAGUUUAGAAUUUUUAAGGGGAACAGUCACUUCUCUGAAAUUUCCACCAUUAAAUACAACUUUUUAAGUCGCAUUUAACUUGUGUUAACUGUUUUUUUUUGUAAUGAUUAGUUUGUGUUUUUUUUUGUAAUGUAUUUAAAAGAUUUAAGAAAUUACAUUGCAAAAGUUCAGCCUGAUCACACAUUGCAGUGGAGAAAAUUUCUUUGGCGAUUACAUCUUUUACAAAUUUGCACUUUCUACACGGUUCUGUAAUCAAAUAGUCAAACUAUGAUCUUUGACUUCUUCCCAGCUGUCCAGUCCAUUUACUUUUUAGUAUUAAUAUAUACUAUAUAUAUAUAUAUAUUAUAAUACCUAAUAUUUAAUACUUAAUAAUAGUAAUAUUUCCUCUCUUCCUCAGGUCUGAAGCAAUUCUGAUCCUGAGCUGCAGACCUGAGGAAGAGAGGAAAACUCUCGAAAGCUCGUCUUUGAAAUAUUAUGUUAGUCCAAUAAAAAAAGGUAUCAUUGCCUCCUGCAAUACUCUGGUAUUUUGGCAUCUUGUCUACUGGACUAACACGAUGAAUCCAAUCUACAAUGUAUAUAUAUAUAUAUAUAUAUAUAUAUAUCUAUCACCCAGAUACCUGCCUUAUAGACCGUUAAAAAGGUCAAGGAAGAAAUAAAAAUAGUUCCUGUAUAAAUUAUCAAACAAAAAACGAAAAAAAAAAGAAGAAGAAAAAAGGGAUACAAAGAAGGAAAGAAUAAGAGAGAAAUAAAGGGAAAAAGAGGAAAUACAUCCCUCAGUGAUCUCCUAAACAGCCAUAUAUAAAAAACUGUGAGUACUUCUGUAUUUACUAAAAAAUAUGACUGUAAGGCAUCAUACCUGUAUAUAAUUACUGGCUUGGAAAAAAGAAAAGUGGAAGGAAAUCUUUUUUUUCCUCGUUGGAGGAGAUUGACAUCAGGAAUCAAUUAUUUGACCAAUUGAUUUAAUCUAGUUCUUUGAGUUUGGAGUUGAAAUUUUAUAUGUGACAUCUAGUUAUAAUUUGUCACUGAGAAGCAUUUAAGAAAUAAAACAAAAUGUCAACCAGGAAAACAACGGAAAAAAAAAAAAAGAAAUUAAGUCAGUUCAACAAACAGAAAAGAGGUUGUCAGGUUUUUUUGCAACUCCUAUUAAAGAUCCUAUUAAAGAUCCGCAGGAACAGAUAAUUGAUAGUAAGACACACCCAAGUAAUACUUCCAAUAUUAUCCAAGAAGUUGCACUUAAUCAAUUUCCAUCAGAAGCUCAAGCAAUUGCUUCAAUUAGUAUUCAAGAUCAAUUUAAGCAAACGCUGGAACUACAAUUAAAUUUAUUGAAACAAGAAAUGCUUGUAAGUUUCAAUGAGAUAAAACAAGAAAUUAAAAAUGUUGCAGUAUCAGUGGUGGAAGUGGAAAGAAAAUGUGAAGUGUUUGGAACACAAAUUAAAGCAAUUAAUACGGAGGUGCAGUUUCUAGUAAAUAAAGUUGAUAAUCUUGAAAAUAAAAUAGCAGCUUUGGAAGAUAGGUCAAGAAAAAGAAACAUCAGAGUAAGAGGUGUUUCUGAAGAAAUCUCCAAUGAAAAAUUGAGAGAAUAUUUAAACAAUUUAUUUGAAGAAGUUUUACCAGAAAUACCUACAGAUGAAUAUAAAAUAGAAAAUUUUCACCGGAUACAUAAACCAGACACAACGGCUUCACAUCUCCCAAGAGAUGUAAUAGUGAGUUUUUCCUCAUUAUCAUUGAGAAAUAAUUUAAUGAAAGCCUGCCGUACCAAACCCCGAACAAAUUCUAUUUACAAAGACAUAAUUUUUUUGCAAGACUUAUCUUAUCACACCAGGACUUGGAGGAAAUCUUUCUCUAUCGUGACGGAUUUUUUAAGAAAAGCAGAGAUCAGGUUUCAAUGGGCCUAUCCAACAUCUUUAAGAUUUACUUGGAAACAAGAAAGAAAAAUUUUUUGGGAUGCAAAUGAAGCAAAUAGUUGGUUAUCAGGUAUCAAUAAAAAAGCUUGA